CCUGUUGGUGUUCAAAUCAUUAUCCACUUUUGUAGGAGAGAGAAAGAGCAGGCUGCGCCAGUAACGCAUGCUUGAAGGGAGAGAAAGGAGCAACACAGCGAGAGAGAGAGAGAGGGAGAGAGACACUGACGGCAACACAGAUUCUUUUUAAACACCAAACACUCCGAGAGGUGGGCAUUAGGCUUGAGCGCGAGCUGAUAGAAUCAGUUUUGCCCCUCACAGAAGUUGCAGCCAUUUAAGCGAAAACUUUCCUCCUCUGUACAAACCCUCACCACAAGUAUGGAUUUGUAUUGUACCCAUUUCCAGGACUUCAAACGCUGAACCUCAUCGGUUCUCUUAAUACUUUAACUACAAUUUGGCGCGUUGUUCCCCCGGACAAAAAUAUUCUAUAGUAGUCGUCAGUUUCUCAUUUUGCCGGUGUUUUGAUCGUUGAGUGUGUUCAGUGUAUGUUUACUCAACGGGACUAAUGUUCUCUGGGAGGUCGCUAUCAGAAGGAGCGAUGAAGCUGCUCUGUUGGAGCUUGCUAAUCCUGAACCAGUGGAUUCUACGAAAGGUGCAUGGCCUAGAAAAACAGGUUGGCAAAUCUUUGGAUUACCUGGAACUAGGUGCAGCCGGGACCAUCCUGAAAACCAUUCCAUAUGGUGUAGGUGGUGGAGGGGGCAUUGGAGCAGCAGGAGGCGUUAAGCCGCCCUUACAGACCUCCAGGAUAUUCUCCCCUAUGGACCAGGCUCCCAUGAAGUCCAAACCUCCCACCUUCAGCUACCAGAAUCCUUAUGACUGGGCUAAGAACCAGUCCCUGCUUCUGGAUCAAACAGGCUACCGCUCCAAACGCAAGCCUCCCCUCAAAACUGCCAUGAAGACCAAGAAGAUCUUUGGCUGGGGAGACUUCUUCUUCAACGUCAAGACCCUUAAAUUCAACCUGUUGGUGACGGGGAAAAUUGUGGACCAUGUCAAUGGCACCUUUACUGUGUACUUCCGUCACAACUCCUCCAGCCUUGGCAAUGUGUCCGUCAGCAUCGUUCCACCCUCAAAGGUGGUGGAGUUUGAGGUGUUUCAACAGCAGGGUCCCCUUCACCACCCAGAAAUCCAGUUUCACCAGCCCCACCAGUCCACCAUCGACCCCAAGGACAUCAAAACCUUCAACUGUCGUGUGGAGUAUGAGAAGACCAACCGUGCUAAGAAGCCCAAACCCUGUCUAUAUGACCCAUCUCAGACCUGCUUCACCGAGCACACCCAAUCCCAUGCUGCUUGGCUUUGCGCCAAACCCUUCAAAGUCAUCUGUAUUUUUAUCUCCUUCUUCAGCAUUGAUUACAAGCUGGUGCAGAAGGUCUGUCCAGACUACAAUUUUCAGAGCGAACAACCUUACUUUGGAUGAGUAGUGACAAACUGAAUGAAGGAGAGGUUGAUGGGAUGUGUUAUCUGUCUCUUUCACAUUCAUAAAGUUAAAAGAAUGUGGAUCACAUAAAAAUGGUCAACAUGGUGGACACUGAGCUUUUACACUUGAAAGAGGAUUUUGUUCUGAUUUUUCUCUGUAUAUACUGUAAACAAAACUAACUAACUCAGUUAAGCUAUUAAUAUUUAUUUAUUGUUUUUGCUGACCUUUGUCUGUUUGACUGUUAGAAAUAAUUUUGGAAGAAUGAGUGGGAACGUGUGAUUUUUGUAUCGUUCCUUUAUAUGACCCUGCACAAUAUGAAAUUACUAGGAGUGAAAGUGAUCAUGGCACUGAUUGUAACAGCAUCAGAAACUGAAAUUGCAUCUGUGCUAGCAGAUUGUUGUGGUUCAUAUUUAAACUUGUGCAACAUAUACAUCACCUAAAAGCAGAAAUUGUGCAACAUAUGGACUCAUUACAUUGGCGUACUAGCCACAAUUUUUAAUUUUGCCAUCAUGUUACUUUUGCCAAAUGAAAUGUCUUGCAGGUGCUCUGUAUUUUUCCACUCCUGAAAAGACAUGAUGGGAAACAGAAGAAACCUUUGUCUGUUACCACUAAGUGCUGCUCAUUUUCACAAAUGCAGUCAGCUUAUGCAUCAUACUCUAGCAAGCUCAUCUUACCAUGUAGAGAAGAUAUAGACUGGAACUUUAAACCUUUAAAAAGUAUUCUGUCAUAAUCAGUACAUUUAGCAAAUAUUCAAGCUUCCAUUAUAUAUCUAAACUAAAAAUGGAGAAUUGAGUACAGAUAUCCCUUAAAAUUAAGAGCUGCUGCCCACAUUUUAUUCUGUUACAGAAAAAUUCUAACAUAUCCAUGGAAGAGACGGCAUUCUCCCAUCCCAUAGAUUUAACAAGAUGAUACUGUGCAGAGCUGCAGGUAGAAAGUUUAAAAAUCACUUCUUAUUUUGGAUUUAUCCUAUUAUCUAAAUAGUUGAGCAUGCCCUUGGAUUACAUCCUAUGGUUUGAAUGAUAUCUUAGAUGCCUCAGAAGCUUGCAUCUAUGUGAAGAAGGGACAUUAGGAUCGGACUGAUUAAAGCUGCUAAACUAAAUAUUUGGAGACAAAUAUGCAUUAUAACUGGCUUUGUGCUCAUAGGCUGGAUGAUCAAGGUAAUGUGUGUAAUGAAAGAAAUUAUCUUUAACAUGAAUUACUUCUAUGUAUUAUCUUGUGAAGGAAUCAGAUAAAUUAAAUUUAAAGAUUAAAGUAAAUAUUGCCUAGUUAGUGUACUCUGGCUUAAGCUUAAAAUGAUGCAAAAAUAUAUCCAUGUCAAUAAGUUGCUGAUGCAAGGAGAGAGAGAUAUAGUCACAUCUCACCUUAUUCUUGUUCAUUUUGUUCAGUUUUGUUUGCGCAGUAAAGCACCAAAAAUUGAACUCUCUUAAUUUCUGGACAACCGAUUAGUCUGUGAAACAAAGAGGCUAUCUGAAGAAUACAGAGGCUAUCUGAAGAACUGAAAUCACAGGUCUGUAUUGCUUGAUAAUGUGUAUAUUUGAAAUUGGAAAAAAAUAUUGUGUGUAAAUAAUGUAUCACAAAUAAAAUAUUAA